AUGUACUGUUAUAAGAAUUUGUCGUCUGGUCACAAGAUGCCUGCUUUUGGAUUAGGAACUUGGCAGUCUAAACUGAAUGAAGUAGGAGAAGCAGUAGUUAGCGCAAUCCGCGCUGGUUACCGGAUGAUCGACUGUGCAUUCAUCUACGGGAACGAAGAAGAGAUUGGUUGUGCAAUCAAGCACUGUAUCGAUGAUUUGCAAUUGGUCUCAAGAGAAGAAUUGUUCAUAACCAGUAAGCUAUGGAAUACCAAACAUCGCCCAGAUGAUGUGCAGCCAGCUUUGAGGGAAUCGCUGAAGAGAUUGAAAUUGAACUAUCUUGACUUGUAUCUAAUCCACUGGCCUAUAGCUUUCAAAUCGGGCGAGGAGGUCUUCCCGACUGAUUCGAAUGGCAAUCUGAUCUACGAGGACGUUGAUUUCAAAGAGACAUGGAGGGCGAUGGAGUGUUGCGUUAAAAGUGGUUUGCUACGUAGCAUCGGCCUGUCCAACUUCAACAGCCAACAGAUAACUGAAAUUCUGAGCAUUGCAACCGUCAAACCGGCCAAUCUCCAGGUAGAAAUCCACCCCUACCUACAACAAACUAAGCUCGUCGAGUUUUGCCACCGAAACCAAAUGACGGUGACGUCAUACAGCAGUUUUGCUUCUCCUCGCAGACCGUGGCUUGAUGAGGAAACGAAGAACUCGGUUAAUUUAUUUAAUGAGCCUGUGCUUCUAAAAAUAGCAGCCAAUCACGGUAAAACUGUAGCCCAGGUGAUUUUGAGAUGGCUAUUCGAGAGGGACAUAAUCGUAAUUCCAAAGAGUGUGAACCCGUCUAGGAUCAAAGAAAAUCUUCAGAUUGAUGACUUUCGACUGACUGAGGAAGAUCUGGGGCAGAUAAAAUGUUUGAAUAGGAACCAGAGGGUCAUCCUCCCUAUGAUCGUCAACAAGGAAGGCAAGAAGGUGCCCAGGGAUAUCAGUGCCCCCAACUAUCCAUUCAAUGUUGAGUUUUGA